GUGAUUGGCGGGGAGCGCUGUCUGUUGUCCAGACGCGGCGGGCGCACCCAUUGGGCGCAUCUCUCACAGGUUGCUGUCGGGUUUCAAUGCAAAUAGGCCUAAUCGGCUCCGGUUCCCUGUUUCAUUUGAGAGAAAACAAUCACACAGAGAAGAACCAGUGAGUUAGUUUGAAAACAUAAAAUUGUUGGCAAUGGAGAGGUGGAUUUUGACCUUGACUCUGCUGUAUCUGGUGUUGUCAGGUGUUGGUGCCAUCCAAGUGGACAUUCCGGAGAACGUAUACGAGUAUGCCAGGGGUGACAACAUCACACUGCCCUGCACCUUUAAAACAAAAGCGUCCCCCCCAAAACUAGUCAUCAUCUCAUGGUCUUGUGAGGCUGCAAAAAUUGGUGCUAAAGAGACCCUGAUCCUCACUUAUUUUUCUACUGGACAAAUCACUGACAUCAAAUCGUUGUAUGAAGGCCGAGCGUCCCUCGAUGUUAAUGUUGCGUUGGGGAGGGCCAACCUGAGACUGUCCUCCAUUACACUAGCAGAGAACAAGGUGUUUGAGUGUCGUGUCCAGAUCCCAGGUGACGAUGAGGGCAAGCCGGUCGACACUGUGAAGGUGGUGGUUCUAGUUGCUCCAUCUACGCCCAUCUGUAAGAUCCAGGGUAAGGCAGAGUAUGGCAAGAACAUCAACCUGACCUGCAUUUCUGAGGAAGGUUCCCCACCACCCACUUAUUUGUGGAAAAGUCAAGAUGUCAGGAAAAUACCUCGCAUUCCUGACGCCAGAACCACCGACAAGGGAGGCAUCUUGUCUUUAUACAAUAUCUCUAAAGAUGCAUCAGGAUACUACGUCUGCACCUCAAGUAACAAGAUCCGCUCUAGUACCUGCAACAUCACCCUCUCAGUCAUGCCACCUUCCAUGAACACUGCCUUAACUGGAGGAAUCAUUGCUGGAGUCGCCGCCCUGUUGAUCAUUCUCAUCAUCGUCAUCUAUUGCUGCUGCUGCCGGAAGAAGAAGAAAGAGGAGGAAUACGCCAUGGGAGUUCGUGAGGAAGAGUACAGUGACAAAGAGCCAACUAGAAAUGGUGAGGGUCACCGUGCCGCUGGCCGCGAGGAACCCGAGGGUUAUGAUGAAUCCAGCGUGAGGAGGAGCCCUGUUGAACGCAGUGACUACAACGAGGAACGGAGUGCGCGCAACUACGACUCCCGCAAGGAUCAUGACGAUGUACGCAGCGACUACGACGACCGCCACAGCGACUACGACGACCGCCGCAGCGGCUACGACGACCGCCGCAGCGGCUACGACGAUCACCGCAGCGAUUACGAUGACGAUCGCCGCAGUGACUACCCUGAGCGCCGUGAAAGGCACAGUGACCGCAAUGAGCGCUACGACGAGGAGCCCCGCUACGAUGACAACAGAGACCGUCGUAAUUAUGAUGAUGACCGCGAUGAUGAGCCCAAUAAUGAUCGCGACAGACCACCAGUGCCAGCCAAUAAGCCAACAAGGAGGUACGACGACGACGACUAAAGCAUCCAACCCGUAUCAACCACAGUUUUAUCUCCACUGACUUUACUCCAAUGGGAGCCAGUUAGCUCACACUCAAGGUGUGGCCUCAUUGGCUCAAACACCACAACUAGAAUUCAGAGGAAGUAUAGAACAGUUUUCAGAGUCAAGUUCUUUUUUGGAUGAUUAUUUGAGGAAGGACAGGGAACCCAAAAUGGCCGCAACAAAUCCCAUCUGAUCUAUUUUAAACAGGUAGUAGGUGGGAGGGCGUGGUCAACAGUUACAAACUCUGGUAUAGGCUCAGGUAUAAACACUGCCCAGGGCAUGAUCCGUAUCUUUGUUGUGAACCAAAACUCGUGUCAUACAAAUAUUAGGAACCAGACAAACAUUUUACAGAUCCGCAGAGAAAAAGAAAAGUUUUUAGAGAGAUGUGUAAUAAAAAUAUUAGGUGGUAUAUUAGCUUUAAACUUGUCAUGUUUGCAUUGUUGCAUAACAAUGCAAGGCUUUGUUAUGUCUGUCUGUGUAUUUGGUUUCUGCUCUUGGGUGUGACUGGUGGUGUUUUUUUUGUGUUUUUUUGGAAGCUACCUCCACACUAAAGAGAAGGGCUUCAAUUGUGUGUCUUUCUUUGCGCUUCAUUGAACACAUUGAGCCUUUUUUAAUGGCUUCUCUAUUUGGUGUUUCCGAUUUUAUUCAACCAUGGAUAUUACAAAACUAGAACAGAACUUUCUCUGAUUGUUGGGAUUGAUAAUGUCACCACAUACUGUAUCUCUCAGGUAUUCUUUUUUUAAAUUGCAAAUGAAAAUAUCAAUUUUGAUACUACUACAAUUUGAACAUAUACAGUAAAAAACCUCCUUAAGCCAUGCUUCAAAUAUGUUUUUAAUAUGUUGAAUUAUUUGAGAAAGAUUCCUAUUGAAAUGCAAUGAAAUAUGGAAAAUGUACAUUACAAGUAGACUACUAUUAUUUUUAUCUCAGCAAUGGAAAUGUUACAUGUUUUAUAUUGGUAUUUGUGUUGUGAAACAUUGUGUGAUGCAUUCCUUUCAUGAAAUAUGCUGUAAAAAUGAAGCAGAAAUAAAAUAAAACAAAACAGCUUUUGUACUGUAUCAAUCCUGAA